AUAUUUUAUUUGUUUUUGUAGGAACAAAAUAACCAUGGUUUACUUCAAGUAUCACAAUACUCCGGGAGAAGAGACAUUGUCGCUCAUGCAAGACGCUAAUUCGGUCGAUGGAGCGCACUUUCGUUCAUUUCCUCCUGUGAUUGGUCCUUUUGCAAACAUCAAUUCUUCUACGGAGUUCUCGGGCCCAAAAAGCUGGUACAAGGAGAGUCGUGACGUUAAUGCAUUUGGUGGAAAAACACCUAAACCUGUACUUGUCGCUUCCCAUCACCGUCCCUGCGAUGAGGCGUGUUCUUUCCAGACAUUAUCUACGCGUUUGUCCCGCAAGGAGACCAAAUGGAGUUCUAGUCCGAAAUUUGGAGUCGAGCCAACAUACAUCCCUCUUUAUUGGGAAUGGUUAGAAGAUGUCCUGCACCAUUCCAGACGCACACUUGCUAGCACCCAUAUUCUUGAUGCCGUCUAUGCUUCUAUGUAUAUCUACAAGUGUAAUUCUCCUGUCAUGCAGGCUUUUUGCGAAUCCUGGUGUCCUACGACAAAUACCUUGCACACUUCAGUCGGAGAAAUGUCAAUCAGUCUUUGGGACAUAUACGACCUUGGUGGGCUUCCCGUAACUGGCCUUUUUUAUGACGAGGUCGUCCCUUCUGCAGUUGAAUUGGAAGGCUCCGACGAUGAGCACAGUCUAUACCUCCCUUACAGUUGCAAAUAUUUGUUCAUGGCUUUGCAUUAUCUUUCUGAGAAACACAAGGUGACAACUAUAACGUUCGAGACUUGGUGUGAUUUUUGGUUUCGCGGUGCAUCAAAGUAUUUCUUGGCAUCUGGCAACAAGAAGUCUGUCCUUCCAACACUUAUGAAAGACUUCAGUUCCUUUAAUGGUCCUCGAUCGUGGAGUCAUAAGAUGUACGAAGCCUUUCGCAUCCUACGGAUUCCCGAAGCGCAUCAUCGACAAACAUAUUUGGCUGCCUUUCUUUCAUGUUGGCUUUGUGCCUUUGUUUUGCCGGUGUCAGAUUUGGGUUGCAUCCGUCCUGGAUCUUUCAAACCUGCGUCAUUUCUUGCAAGUGGAAAAGAGACUUCUUUGGCGAUCCCUGUUUUGACGAGCAUCUACCACGGAUUGAGCAAAAUUUCGAAUUCUCCUACCCCAGGCAAACAUCGCGAGUCCUUCCCCGCACAAUAUGUGUAUGUCUGGACCGCUAAGUACUUUCGGAGUCAUCACAUCGUCACCUACGAUUUUGUUGGUGCUCCCCUGGUUGGAAUUCAAGGCCUUGACUCUGUCAUAAAGUCUCCAGAUGCUAAAUCGCUAGUUUCUUCGGGUAAGGAUUUCAAUUGGCUUGCUAACUCAAUUUGUGGUAAUUCAGAUGAGAAGCGUGAAGACGACAACCAUCAACCAAAGCAAUUCACAAACUUCUUCAUUAGCAUGCGAUCGUGUUUUCUGACCUUGAGGUUCGACAACAACUACGUGGUUGAGCCAUACAGUCCUCAUCGAUUCGGUCGGCAAUUCGGAUUUCACCAAGAUGUGCCAGGCGAAUUAGUAGUCCAGACACAAAACAUCACCCGAGAGCACAUGUACUAUCUUUUUCAGUCCAGCAUUCGUCUGCAUACUAGGGCUACUUUUUUGGUCCCUUGCCGGACUUUUAAUGCCCAAUCUCGAGUCACUCCAAGCUUUACAUCAUGGUGGGAAUCAGUUAUUUCUUUAACUGUGGCUUCUGCUUCAAAAACUCCCAGCCCAACGAACACCAGGUCUAAAAAGAGAAAGGGUGACGGUCUUAAUACUCAGUCGAAAGAUAAAGCUGCCAAGUCUACAACUGGCUCUCAUAGGGUUAAAGUUAGGCUAGCGAGCAAAGUUGUUAAUGACGGGCCCUCUUGUGAUGAGCACGCAGGAGAGAAGACAGUUUUCGACGAUAUUUACGACGACGGAUCCGAACUUGACUUAUCUCCCGAAGAGAUGGAGACUCUUCAAAGUGACGCGAACAUAGCAGAAGAGCUUAAUGCGUGCGGGAAUACAUUUGCCUCAUUUCCCGGACAAGAGUUAAUGGAUGAUGCUAUCAUUGACCCCAAAACUCCGGCGGCAACCACAAGUGUUCCUAUUACAUCGAGCGAGUCUUCUUCUUUUAAUGCUCAAGACAUGAUCGCUAUGGUAGACCGACAGGCUGCAAGCUUCAUGAUCAAUUCAAUAAAAGAAAAGUUGCUGAACUCUCCCUUAGCCACAGUUCACGAACUAACUCAAGAGUUUGAACAUAUUUUCUCUUACAUCAGAGAGAAGAAGAUUGACAUUUCUACCACCGAAGCUUUUAUCAAGGGCUACAUUGGAUGCGGUUCUCAGCUUCACAACGUACAACUAGGGAAAAGAGGAAAUACCGCCCUUAGCGACCUGGAACAACAAUCUUCGGAGAUGGAGUCGAGCAUGAAGGAAGAUGCAAUUACUGAGCAUAAAAAGGAGGAGCAGAUGAAAUCUCUUCAAAGGGAGAUAGAUCAACUUCAGCAAGUACGGGCAAUAAUAUAGAAAGAAGCUCGACGAGGUGGCAGAACAAGAGGAUAAACUUUUACUCCUUAUUACAAACUCAGAAGAGCAGUUCCAAGAGUUCCUUAUACAGAAGAAUGAGCGAGAAAAAUCACUCGCUAUCGUUAAGGAAAAUAUUGUCGUUGCCAGAGAGGUGGAAGCAAGGCUAGCGGAAGCUGAAAAACAAUUUGGGGUUGCUCGUGAUGCUUUGCAAACUUUCAAGUUUGAGUUGUAGUUCCUUUCCUUUUUGUUGCACUUGUUCUUUUCUUUCUAGAGACCGCUUUUGAUGUACUUGAUAAAAUAAAUAAAGACCAUCCAUUUUCAUCAAAGAUUUGUUAUUGAUUCCAUGUUUAGUAACAUAAUUUACUUAACUUAUAUGAAACCGAAAAAGAUUUUAUUUAUUUAUUUAGCCGUUCACAGUUUAUACUCUUGCGGGCCAGGAGUAUUAGAAAAAUGAGAGAUUUUUUUUUGGUGCGGCUGGACUCAAAGUUAGUGAUUUCUUCAAGCUGCCUACGUACUUAUGAAAUGAAUAAAUUCACUCCACAAGAUCAAGCCAACGUAGUUCCUUAAAAGCAAAAAAAAUUUUGAACCUUUUUUUUUUUUUUUUUUUUUUUUUUUCU